AAGUGUGAAAGAGCUCAGUCAUGUAAGGAAGAGGCUAGCUUGUGGCGAGACGGACGGGAUGCCCACCCUCUUCGUCUUUCACCCCUCAACACUUGACGAUCGGGUCGUGAAAUUUUCCUGUUCUCUUACAGACCAGGACUUGGAUGUCUUUGAUUCUCACACAUCUCCCUACCCUCAUCCGUAUCAUUGUGGCCGAGACAAUCCUUGAGUUGUACUGGAUCGCUCUCCUGGCUAUGCGUGAGUCAUGAUGGGUGACAAUCAACCGUAUACUUCUUUCAUCCCCCGAUUGCCAUCACGUCUUGGGCCAGGCAUCGUGGGCAAUUAUCAUCCUCAACAGCAGCCUCCUGUGUUUGACAUGGACCGUACGGUGUCUGCCCCCGCCACCCCAAGCACCUGGGACACUGCUCUUCCUCCCAGUGCAAUGACCUGGCCAGACCAUUCUGAACCGUCCGAGUAUGAUGAAUACACCCCACCGAGAAAGAAGCGCGCUCAAGUGAGAAUCGCAUGUACACAUUGUCAAAAGGCUUGCAAGAAAUGCUCAAACACGAGACCGUGUGAGAGGUGUGUCAAGUAUGGUCUGAAGGAUUGUAUUGAUAGUGUGAGGAAGCCGAGAAAAACGGGUGUCAAGAGGGGACCGUACAAGAGACGAUCAACCGAGGGCUGCUCAGCACCUCCGCCUUCGUUCUUUGACAACGCCUUUAUCUCUGCCCUUCAAGGGGAGACAUGGAGCAAUGGUCAACGAUCCGACAGGGUCAAUGACCAGGUGCUCUACCCUCCCACCCCCGUCGUGCCUUUUCCAAUCAGUCUCAACGGCAGGGACGAUCCAUUCUCACGUGCCGUUUCGCCCAUUCACGGCGCUGCUCUGCCACAUGCCCUGAGGAAGAGUCCUUUUGAUAGCCCCUUUGAAGCAUUCUCCGACCCCUUCGCCCCGCAAGCUCCGCCGACCCCUGUGUACUCGAUCUCCGCACCAACGUCACCCAGACAGAGAGAACGUCCCGAGCUCCGGUCCCAGUCGACCGAACCCGUCGUACCACCCAAUCAACGGCUGUACGACCCCAUGGUACCUUCCAUGACGCCACAUGCCCUCCAAUCGCCCGAUAUCGUUGCCCUCUCGCGGAUACGGAAACCCAGCUUGAGGACGUUGAUGAGUCACGGAGGGAGUCUGGCGGGAAGUAGACAAGUCAGUUCAGUGCAGAGUCCCACACUGUUUGAUCAGCCGCUCGUGUGGGAGGAAAUGUAGUGGGAAAAAAGUGUGUCAUGGCAUCCCUAUGGUACAAAUUUUUUAUCGAGAGACAAUGCCGUCGAAUCGUUGCUUGAACCAAGCGAUGGUCCUGAGAGUGGGUCAGUAUAUGGG